UAACAACUAUGAUGUAAUAUAACAGUACGAGUACAUACGGUUAAUAUGAAACAAUUUAAUUAUAACAUACAAUAUGAAAGUAGCAUCGACUUAAUCAAAAUUAUAUCAGAAUUUACAUAAGAAAAUCACCCCUUAUAAUCCUGUUCACUUCAAUGUUUAUUCCUUUUGACUAAGAUGUACAAGCCGCCAUUAAUGUAUUUUCCGCUGUGGCCUUACAAACACAUUUGUUUUACCGCUCCAAUAUCUUUGCGACAUGAAGCAAUUUGAUUCAUAUGCUUCACAUAGUAACAUUUGUUGAAAUCGAUGGAUGCUAGAACAAGAGCUAUCACUUAAGCGCCACCUUACGUAUUUGACAAAAGAAGUGAUCUGAAGCCAGAUUUGAACUCGAGCUAUAUUUUAUGAUAUCUCGUCUGUGUACCGAAAAUUAUUACAAUUAAUUGCCUUGUAAAAGAGUAUUAUCAUCUGCUAACUAUUAUUGUUUGUAAAAAUAAAGAGGAAAUGUAAGUAUAGUAAUUAGUCUUCUGAAGCCAAUUUGAAUAAAAGGAACUUAAUUAUGUCAAACUUCCUAUCAGAGUUAUUAAACAUUACUGAUAACAAAAUGUAGUCAUUUAGAUAACUUACAAUAAAGCUAUAGCCACUUUAGACAUUUUCUGAAUGUUUCGUCGAAUUUUAAAUACGAUUCAAAUAAUUAUCAGUAUUUAGUUUCAGGACCACUUAUAUGUGUUUGGAUCGUAACAGACUAUGUCUUAACUAUUUGCAUUGGAAUUACAUUUUGCCUUCAUCACAUUGUUGCAUUUGUGAUAAUUUACAAAAAAGAUUUAUGUUUUAGAUCAACAUUCGCAAACACUGCUCUCAUUUCUACACCAAUCUAUAUUUGUCUGGCACUGUGUAUCGCUAAUUGGAUACGAUGUAGCUGUACUAAUCCCUGUUCAUCAUGUGAGUACAUGUGUGUUUUGCGGUAUAUUUGGAUAGCUGUUGUCUUGGUAAACUGGGGUUUAGGAUUUUACCGGUUGCACAAGAUUCGGAAACUUUGCGACAAAAAAGAUUUUACAGGUGUUAACGAAGAAAGGGGUGUGAUCUAUUUGGUCGAAGAUACAGAGUUUCUUAUCAGCCUUUUUUGUUUCAUCAUUCUGACCUAUGUCUUGCUGUUAAUUGUCUGGAUUUUUUACAAGAUUGUUAAAAGUCGAAGACCAACUUACGCAUGUACAAAGAUCGACAAAGAAGCAAACACCCCCAAAAUAAAUCGACCUUUACCACCGUUUUAUAAAAAGGCUGCCCCGUCAUCUUCAAGGGACCAAAUGUCAAUUAGUUACCACGUUUACAAUUUGGACCAAAAUCGACAAAGAGGAGAAACGCAGAAGACAGAGGGGCAGCCCGGUAAAGGACGUAAUAAUAUGGAAGGUUCUGAGAAACUUAAAUCACCCAAGAAAUCAGAAGGAAAAGCAAACAGAAUAACAGCUGGCAUUCCAGACAACAACUCAAAUACGGUCAUGUCUAUUAAUACAGGGAGCAAAAAAAAAGGCGGAUCUAAAAAACUAUUUAAAAAAGGAACUGGACAAAGUAUUGCAAUGAACAGUAAUACAGGGGUAAACACAAAAAUUGAAGAUCUUUUACAAAAUGAAGACGGUAGAAAGGGUGAAGAUACGAAGACUACUAAUAAGGACAACUUAAAACAUUCUGGUGGACAAAACGGUGCAAAGAAUGGUAAGACGGCUCGCGAUCCUGGUAGUGAGACGGCUCACGAUCUAAAUAACAGAAAUGAUAAUAAUAGUGGAAAUAAGCAUAACUAUGACGAAAAGGCUCAAAACAGUGAUAAAAAUCAAGGUCAGAAGGCUCACGAUCAAGAUAAAAGAAUUGAUAAUAAAAGUGGACCUGAACAAGAAGACAUAAUUAAGAACUCUACUGAAGACAAGGCACAUGGACAAAACGGUGAUGAAAAUCAAGAUCAGACGGCUCACGAUCUAAAUAAAAAAAAUGAUAAUGAAAGUGGACCUGGACAAGAAGACACAAUAAAGGAUUCUACUGAAGACAAGGCACAUGGACAAAACAGUGAUGAAAAUCAAGGUAACAUGGCUAAUGUACACAGAACUCAAAUCUUUGUCACUACACCAGCUCAAUCAAAUAUUGUAGUUCAGCCGCUAGAUGACAAUACAGUACAGCAGAGCAGUGUAGGUAAACAGAGUAGUAAAACACACAAUGAUAUACCUCGUGGAAUAUCAACAGUUUUUAAUGACCCUGAUAAUAAUGAUCCUCAACCAGCUUAAACUGAUAGUGAAUGAAAUUGGCAAAUGUUUGAACUAUAUGAAUAGAUAUUGGCAUUUCAAAACAUGAAAACAAGUUAAACGAUUACAUUUUUUUUAUCAAUUUCACUUGUUUAUAAACAGUUAUGUAUACGACAUUUAAAGUGUGUAAAGCUAUGUAUUUACUUUCGAUGGAUUAUAUAUUGAUUUAUUGUUUUUUAUAUUGUUCGUAAAAUGAUUACAGAAUGCAUAGAAAAACAAUAUUUUACUCAAAGCGAGUAGGAUAUUGUGAAAUCAUCGCCAAACCUCCUAAAAUACAUCAAACUAUUUUUUCAGUGAUAUUUUUUAAUUACAUAAUGGUGUGUAGUAAUUCAAAUAUACAUUCAAUGAGAAACGACCGUAUCGUUAUGAAAACAACAUCAUUAAAAAAAAUAUUUCAUUAUAUAACUUUUUGCACGUUUAAAAGACAAAUAAUAGGUAUGAACUUAUAAAAUUGAACACAAUAUUUUGGUUGGAGAUUUCCUGAAAAGGACAAAUUUAACCUAUGGUCGACAGGCACAUUAAAUAUCACUAGUCCGUUCGUAUCUAAAGGACUUUUUUAUUUAGAUAUCAAGUCCUGAUGCGCAAUUAACAUGUCUUUUGACACGCUUGCUUAACGCAUACCUAUUCAGUAUCGGUGCUUUUUCUCAAAUUAGGUGUGAAAAGCAAUUUUCGUUGCUAGUGCGCUAAAAUUUCAUGUAGACGUUUCUCUCCCAUGGUGUAAACGUAUUCAUCGAGUAAUUCGUAAUGGCCUUGCUACAAUGCAGUAGAAAUAUUGAGAGGUUGAUAUGGAAAACUUCAUUUUAUAUCUAAAAGUCAAUUUGAUCAAUUUAAUUUUGUAUCGACAACCGAAAAUUUUACAUAAGCGUCAGUGUCAAUGACUAAAUAAAUAACAUUGUUUAUUUUCUGUUCAAUGCUGCAAGGAUGUUACGGAUUAUCUAAACUACGUUUGGGAAGUGUAUGUUAUGUCUUUUGUCACGUUUUGGCAUAUAUUUAAACGAAUUAGAAAUGCGGUUGACCAUUAAUCGUCUUACAUGUAUGUAAAAAGCAAAUAAUUCUAGCUAUUUAAUUGCAGCUUUUUAUUAGCAUUUUAUAACUUAUUGUGAAAUACCAAUUUACUGAAACCUAAAAAUGUCUAAGAAAUCAUCUUUAAAAAGUUCUUCGAAAGGAAAAUGCAAAAAAGCAGUAGCACUGCCAUUUGUUAGGACAGGUAAACAUUUCAAAUCAAAACAUAUGCAUCGAAGGCCUGUAACAACAAAUAUUUUAUUAAUAUCAUAUUGACAUGCAAGUGAGUGUAAUUAAACCUACUGGAGGAUACAAGUUAAUAAUCAUUCAUGUGGAGUACGUAAACUGAAAAAAGAUUGAUACUCUGAAUGACUGGAUGAUAUUCCAUUUCGAAUUCCCAAAUAUACUAUGUAAAUGGAGUUUGUUAUUUAUUUACAUAAUCAUGUCUAACAUAUAUAAGCGUAAUUAAUUACAAACAUUCCUCCAACAAUGUGGAACAAAGGUUCAGUGACACAUAGCAUAAUAUCAGAUAGGAUAGUGUUUUAUACAGUUAAAUGUUUUUUUAAGACAAAUGCAACCAUCUUACUUACAUAGAUAUGGAAGGAUACACUACUAUAGAACCUACAGCACCAUGUGCACACCUGCAUCACUAAACACAAUGAUUAAUGUCAUGGUACUGAUAAACCGUUGUUACACAUUUUUGUUUUUAAAUUUGUAAAACGGCUUUAAUAUGUGAAAUUGUACAUUAUGUAUACGCACACUAUUUUCAGACACAUAAGUCCAAGGAUUAACACUUUACUCCCUUAAAAAAUAUUCACUUGAUCUGUGAAAAUAAAUACACACAUGAUAAAAUUAGCCAGGUCAAACUGUGUGUUUAGUUAUUGAAAUGAUGGACAUAAUUAUAUAAAUCACAAUAACAUAAAGUAACACAAGCUAUCUUGAUUUUUUCAAGUUUACCUGCACGACGAUAUUACAAAAAAAAAUCGCACACCUGAUUCAAAGCGAAGCACUAAUGUACUGUAGAUUUGCGUUGAGCAGGCGUUAUUAAUGUGUUAUUUAUCUGUUUAACCUGUAUUCUGUGAUAUCAAUACCUAUUGGCUCAUUCGUCACAUUGAAGAAAACAUUUUCUGUCGUGUCCUGAUUAAAUGCACAAAAAUAAUAUUCUUCACCUUGUAAAUUUGCAAAAUUGUCUGAUUUCUUGUUUCACGCAAAUAAGUCAUGAAUGCAUGCAAAUAAGCCAUAAAUAAGGAAAUCUGUUUUUGGCAUUUGUAUCCCUUUUUGAAGAGUGUUAAUGCUCCUUAGAAUGUGAAAUAAAACGCCUUUUUAUUUCAUCGUUGUAUUAUUGAAAGACAGGACGCUGUUGGUAUCAGUAUUUAAAGUGUAUAAAUCUAUAUCCUACGAUAUAUUUUUAUAAGAUGUAUGAACAGUAAAAUUAUAUUGGUUACAUUAUAAUUUGACUGAUUCUCUAAAAGCCGUAACAUAGAAUGUCUCUAUUAUUUAAUACAUAUGAAUAAUGUAUGUAAACAGAAUAAAACGUUCCGGAACAAAUUGUUAUUUUGCUGUUUUAGGUUGGGUUUUAUCCGCCCUCGCUUAAAGGCAAUUUAGUGCCAUGUUUAUUUCAUACAAACAUUUUGGAAGUAUUCUUUUUGCAAAAUCCAGACAAUAUUUUUGUAUGGGAUAUACAUGUAUAUCUUUAUACACUUUAAGUUAACUCUAUAUAUUUAUUUUUAAUCAGUGUAUUUUAUCAUUAUUAUCUGUUCGGUAGUAUCGUACUUGCCGUUAAGUCCAUUAACUUUUUGUCGUUGAAGUUAGCGAGUGUUUUGUUUACAUGAAUAUCACCUGGUGUCGAGAUAAAUGUCACUUCUUUUUAACUGUCAAUUGAACGCGUCUUGAUCAAUAGCAACAUGUCAUAUUAUAUAUUAUUACCUUAAAGGCCCAUUUUGCCCCAGAAAUGAAGAAAGAAUUAUUUCCUUCUUUAGAAAAGAUAAAAGUGACUUAAAUAACCAUAACGGCAUGUUACAUGCUUAAUACCUGAAGAAAGAAGGGAUGAACGUGACAUUAUGUGUCAUAAUAGUAGGUAAAUGUAAUCAAAAUUUAUUUUGACUUGCAUAGAAAAUACUUUACAAAGUAUCAGGAGCAAAUGUAAAUAAGAUGAUUGGCCAAUAAGUAGCUGCAAGGAAAUCUUAAUGGGACACAGAAAAUAAAAAGCUUUAAUUUGCGUAAUAGAUGUAAAAUCAAUUUUUUGGACAUAAUGGGCAUAAAUUUACGCUUGUAUGAAAUAGUCUUACUUAUUUUUAGGCGAGUAAUUUUGUCUCUGAUAAAAGUUUUGAAUGCUGAAAUAUAUUUAUUUUUGAACGUGUUGUUGUAUGCAUUAAAUGAUUUUGAUUUGUUGUCAUACCUUAGAUAUUGAUUUAUAUUAAACUAUUUUGAUGAG